AGAAAACUCUUCUUUCACCAUGUUUAUAAUGACACUCCUGAUUUUACACUUUUAUCUAUCUAGGGUCUUGAUCAUAUACCAGAUGUCUAGUAAACAACUCCAGGCUUCCACAGACCUGUUCAUCAGACAGUUCAAGUGGCACAUGACUGUGGUUGUGGGAUCAGUCAUUGCAAUUUGUAUCUUAUACAUCAGAGUUUCCUGGCGUGACAGCACCGUUCCUCUGCCCCCCCAGCCCCACCCAGCCCAUAAGUCUUCUGGCUCUCUCCCCCAGGAGCUCUCGGAACUAACCCAUCUUCUGCACUGGCCUCCCACCCUGAGAGAUGGGGGGGACCUUUUGGCGUCCACCAGUCCCCAGACCUCCACCUACCACCUGAGGGGAACUUUCAAGGCCAGCUACACCCUGGGAGGCUACCUGGAGGCCAUUCUUAUCGCCAGAGACCACCAGGGCAGGCCCAAGACCCAUGGUGGGGAUCUGUUUCGGGCACAGCUCCUGGGUCCCUACCUGAAGGCAGGAGUCCCUGGAGACAUCCAGGAUCUGGAGAACGGCACCUACCUGUUGUCCUUCCCCCUGCUCUGGGCUGGACAGGCCCAGGUGCAAGUGAGGCUGAUCCACUCCAGCGAGGCAGUCGGGGUCCUGCGGGGAAUCUGGAGAGACCAGUGGGCCACAGUCGAUUUCACAGGCUAUUUCCGAGGACCCACAGGAUAUGAAGAAAUCGUGACUUGCAAUGUUAACCCCCUGCUGACUGGGGAGGAAGAAUCUACCUGUCACUACAGGGAUGAAGAUUCUGGUGAGCUCUGGUUCUGUGCUCGACCCCCCACCCUGCCCUGCAACUCACUGGUAGGGCAUUCAAGUGGACAUUAUUGGAAUGUGACCACACCACAUGAGGAGGCCCUGCUGGCAUGGAAUGUGACAGACAAGGUCCUCCCUCAGGGUAUUUCUCCAAUCUGGGUGGCCAAGGAGAGCAACAAGAGUCUGGUUCUGUCCCCUCAACAACCAUGCCAACCUGGGAUCCCGGGCCCAAAGCCCUCUGGCUUCUACCACCGAGCUGUGUGGCACUCACUGUCCUGCUCUGGCCGCACCUUCUCCACUGUUGACAGCAUCCUGGGCUGCCUGGCUGGCCACAUCAUCCACAUGAUGGGGGACUCCACGCUUCGUCAGUGGUGGGAGUACCUGUGUGACACUGUGCCCUCCCUGAAGCCUGUGGAUCUGCACGCCACAUAUCAGACGGGGCCCCUGAUGGCAGUGGAGACCACUCGGGGCAUAGUGCUGCACUGGCGGGCCCACAGCUGGCCCCUGCGCUCCCUGCGCACCCCAGUGGCCUCCCUGCACUCUGUGGUCCGGGAGCUGGGAGGCCUGGCCGGGGGCCCCCACACAGUGGUGGUGCUGGGCCUGGGCGCCCACUUCACCACUUUUCCCCCAUCUGUCUUUGUGCAACGACUCGCAGGGAUCAGGGCAGCGGUGGCUGCGCUGCUGGCCCGGGAGCCCCACACUCUCGUGGUCAUCAAGCUGGCCAACACCGGCUACAAGUCCGUGUAUGGAAGUGACUGGUUCACCCUCCAGGUGAACCGGCUUCUCCGAGCUGCCUUUGCUGACCUCCGUGUGGCUUUUGUGGACGCCUGGGAAAUGACCUCCAGUCUGGCCCUGCCCGACAGGAUCCACCCAGGGCGGCUUAUCGUCCGCAAUGAAGUCAAUUUCUUCCUGUCCUUCAUUUGCCCCACUUGAGCGCUUCUGCAGGUCCUGAGCUGUGUGGAUGGAGAAGCUGAUGGGAUGAUCAAGCUUGGAAGCCCUUCACUUCGGCUCUCUGUACCUCUUCUCUUACUUUUUUAAUGCCCAGGCCAUAUCUCAACCAGCAAGAAUGGUGGCAGGUGAAGGAAGCCUGGCAGUGGUCUAGCAACAUCUAUCAUACUUGUGCAUAUAAGGAUUGUCAUUUUAUGUGUUGGGGUCUCCAUUUACAGCAUCAACGAGCCUUGCAAAGAUAUGAGAGGGAUUCUAUUUCAGUUCAUCAGAGCCACCCUAGUGGAGAGCCCGACUAUAUAUAUAUAUAUAUAAAGACUUUAAAGGAUUGAUUUGUAAAACAAAAUAUUUCUCCUCAUUGUAAAAGUAAUACAUGUUUUUUUGUAGAAAAUUUGAAUAAGUACCAAAAAUUUGAAUAAGUACCGAGAAAUUAACAAUGAAAAUAAAAAUCACCUAGAAUCCCAUGGUUGGGAGACAAUCACUGUUAAAAUACAUAUAUUUUCAACGAUUCCUCAAUGCGUAAAAAAAUAUAUCCCUCCUCCUUUUUUUUUUAAAUUUACUUGAGAUAUACAUGAUGGGUUUAUUCUGAGGUUCUAAUGGACAUUAAAGAGGAUUUUGGUGUGCCCCUUGGUCAGUCCAGGUCCUUCAAGAGGCAAGUGUCAAGACAGGAUUAGAAGAGCAAAUAUGUUUAGAGGAAACACCUUUGAGAGAUAAUGCGGAGGAAGCCAGGUGAGGCUGGGAGAGCUUGUCAGAUGGAUGCAAGGUUGACUUGGAGUAAAGGAGAGAGGGGAGGAAGGUUGGGUGGAAGCAUGCUAGACCACAGUACAGUCUAAGGGAAUUUUGGCAUCACCAGUGCAAAGUCCUUGAAUCAAAGUUGACCGUCAGAGGAAUCCUGCAUGUCCCAGGAAGGGGCCAGCCUCAGUAUCCCUGACAUACUCAGCCUCUGGCUGGCAGCAGCCCAUGGGAAGUGCGGCCUCACUGUGAGAGAUGUCAGGGGAUAGCAGCUGGGGCCCUUGGUCAUGUAUGAGUCCUGUAGUCCUCCACAAAGGGAACAAACAUUUCAAAUAUAUCAUAACUCAGGAAAUAUAGUUGAUUUUCUAAAAGAAUGGCGAAAGUCAAACUUCAGUCAAACAAGAGAUUACCGAUAUGAUCCAGCAAUUCCACUUCUGGGUAUUUAUCUGAAGGAAAGGAAAACACUAACUCAGAAACAUACGUGUACCCCCACGUUCACUGACUGCGGCAUUAUUUACAAUAGUCAAGCUACGGAAGCAACCCAAGUGUCCGCCAGCGCAUGAAAGGAUAAAGAAGAUGUGGUGUAUCUGAGACCCUCAAGGACCCUGGGAACAAGGCACUCCCUGUGGACUCUUACCCUUUUCCUGCACAGCACAAACCAAGCAGCAAACCCAGACCGCUUCAAACUGAUCCGAGACAGGAUGGUCGCCAAAAUUGACCUUUCACUGAUUUUCCUUGUGAAAAACAUGCCCAGAGCCGAAGACUUAACAUGCAGAUGAAACGUCCAGUGCAUGAAGAAACGUUCUGUCAACUGCACCUGUGCGCCCAAGUUCCUGGGGUUCCUGCCCCUGCAUGCUUGAGUAUCUCUCCUUUUUCCCACCUCAGCCCCUUUAAAAGUUUCCCUGGCUGUUGUUUCGAGAGCCAGUCUGACACGUUAGUCGUGACUGUGUCUCCCUUCAGCGGCAGCUGUUGCCCCAAUAAAGCCUUGCCUGUACCUUUAAAUUUGGGGUCCAGCCUUGGGGUAGCUGGGUCCGAGGACCCAAGUCUGCUAAUGAGUCUGGUAACGUAUAUACACAGUGGAAUAUUAAUCAGCCAUAAGAAAGAAAGAAAUCCUGCCAUUUGCAACAAUAUGGUUGGAUUCUGAGGUCGUUGUGCUUAGUGAAAUACACCAGACAGAGAGAGACAAAUGCCAAAUGAUCUUCUUUACAUGUGGAAUCUGGAAAAAAAGCAGCAACAACCAACAAACUCAUGGGUAGGGAGAACAGAGUGGUGGUUACCAGAGGUAGGGAGGGGGCACCAUGAAUGGAGGGGGUCAAAAGGUACAAACUUCCAGCUAUGAAAUAAAUAAGUCCUGGGGAUAUAAUGUACAGCAUGGUGACUAUAGUUCAUAAUACUGUAUUGUGUAUAUGAAGAGUAAAUAACUCUUAACAAGAGUUCUUCAAGUUCUAACGGCAAGAAGAAAAUUUUUUUAACUCAGCUGGAGAUGUGAGUCAACUAGAUUUAUUGUGGUGAUCAUUUCAAAAUAAUACAAAUAUCAAAUCAUAUUGUAUACCUGAAGCUAAAACAAUGCUAUAUGUCAAUUAUAUUUCAAUUAGAAAAAUUAAAAGUAGUGUUUCUCGAGUUAGUCAUGUGUUAGACUUUCCCCCAAUGACCUAUUUCUGUUCUUAGACAAAGAAAUGUCUAAUUUGGCAGUGCUGUUGAUAGAAAAUAAAUUAUUUGGAAACUUUGAUUAUAACAACAUAUUUAGUGAUUUUACUGAAAGAAAAAAUAAAUUUUACAACAUAAAUAUAUAACACUUGAAAUUCCACAUGUCUUUAAAAGUCCUGCAAAUAGCGCCAACCCAAAACAGAUCAUCCGGGCUCCUGUAAUAAUAAUCAACACAGUUGUAUUUGUUUGGCUAACUUUCAUUUGUGUAAAAAGAUGUUUCUCAAUUUUGUAUUAGGAAGAUAUACUUCUCAGGGCAGAGAGAUAUUAUUUGGCAGACUUUUAUAACUUAAAUAAUUUGACAUAAGGCAUAGGGCUGUGGCUGGGAUCUGGCCCCGGUCUCACAACUGAUAAGGGCAAACCCACCAUCCAAAAGGAAGGUGGCCAGCCCACAGUGAACCUGACCACAGCCCUGCAGGACGUGCCCCCACGGGCCAGAGGAACCCGAGGCGCCCCCAUGUGACCACACCCUCCUCGCUCCCCCUGAUCAGGUUCCUGCGGCUGCUCCCAUUGGCUGAGCACAAGGGGGCCUCAGCCCAUCAACCUGGAAGAGCAGGUGGGACCAGCGCUCCGGCGGGUGUGGGAGGGAGAAUGGGCGCCUAGGUCCAAUAGGAGGACUUGUGCCCUGCUUUGCUGCAGGAAGCCCAACUCUGAGUGAUGCCGCCACCGUGAUUUUGGUAUCCUCUUUGCCUUUCUUAGAAUUGGCUUAGAAUUGGCUUUCUUGGGGCGGCUGGGUGGCUCAGUCGUUAAGCGCCUGCCUUCGGCUCAGGGCGUGAUCCCAGGGUCCUGGGAUCAAGCCCCGCAUUGGGCUCCCUGCUCCACUGGGAGCCUGCU